UGAGUGUCUGUUCUCACUCAUUGAACUUGACGCACGUUGGACGAAUGGGUCAAGACUGCGCAUGCGUGCAGAUUGAUACGGCUUUAAUUCUAGAUCAGUGCAAACGGAUUGGGCUGGAGAGCACUAUUCGUUAUGAUUCGGGGGGAAUAUUGAUUGCAGAUUUUUUUCUGGGAGAAGCUGUUGAAAUUUCCUGGAGGCUCUGCAGGGCCAGACUGGUUACUAGCCCGCCAGCCCUGCACGGACACACGGUUCCCAGUUUGACUCUGUCAACCUGCUGACUCGCAUCUUCUGCAGAUCGUCGCGCCAGGAUCCAGUGAUAACUUCACUUGGAAGCAAGUUCGGAUGUGGCAAGCAAACUGCAGACGAAUGCAUAAUCUAGCAGACUGGAUUUCUGGCACAGUGAUGGGAGGCUGUGUGGGGAGGAGUAGGACAGAUGGACAAGGGAGUGCCCGAAGCUCAACAAGGAGCAAAAAACGUGGAGGACGCAAUGAGCCUCUCAAGAAGGAGCGCCCAAAAUGGAAGAGCGAGUAUCCGAUGACGGAGGGCCAGCUGAGGAGUAAGAGGGACGAGUUUUGGGACACUGCUCCGGCCUUUGAUGGACGCAAGGAGAUCUGGGACGCACUCAGAGCAGCAGCGCUGGCUGCAGAGUGCAAUGACCUGGAGCUAGCACAGGCCAUAGUGGACGGAGCCUGCAUUACUCUGCCACAUGGCUCUCUCACAGAGAGUUAUGAUGAACUGGGCAACCGCUACCAGCUCCCAGCGUACACUUUAGCCCCGCCUGUCAACCUCAUCUCUGAAACAUCCAGUGAGAACAAAGUCUCUGAAUCCACACAAAAACAAGCUCAACAUCUUCCGUGCAGACAAGAGUUCCAGUUGCGGGUGCGAUUGUCAACAGGAGAGGAUGUGCGUCUGACAGCCAGCAUGGCGGACUCCAUCGCUGAGCUGAAAAAGCAGUUGGAGGAACAAGAAGAAAUUGACGUGUCCCGCCAGAGGUGGUUCUUUUCGGGGAAACUCCUGACUGACAAGACUCGUCUGCAAGACACCAAAAUCCAGAAAGACUUUGUCGUCCAAGUGAUUGUCAAUAUGAACCCUCCUAACUGAGCAGUGAGGAAGAGGAGAGGGGUAUGAAGUGAUGAGGAGAUGAAGGACGUGCCGGAGAGAGGUGCAGAAAUGCGAGUAGGGCUUGAAAUAAUUUUCCAGUUGGUACUGCAGUGGAAUUUUGUGUACAUUUUUAUAUAAAAAGAAUAUUGCUUUUAUAUUGCUCCUUUUUGUAUUUUUUUCCUUUUUCCAAAUGAACUCAGAAUAUUGAAAGCACUGAAACACUUUAGAUUAAAAGUAGGAUCCUAAAAUGCACCACCCAGUGUCUGUCUGUCUGUCUGUCUAUUUGUGUGGACAUCACUCUUCAGUAAAUCACAUCAACUCACAGCUCUAUUGUUUACACGGGCACUCCUCCUUGUCAUGUGUGUUUGUACUUGUGCUUUUUAAACUGAAUAUGGUCCGUUUGGGGAUCCAAAUAAGGAAAAGCCAUUCUCUCUUUUUUCUUAAAAAAAAAAAAAAAAGAAAAAGAUUUCUGUCAUGUGAUUUGAGAUUUAGGAUGAGGGUGACAGAAAACUGUAGAGAAAAAAAAUUGUAAAUAUCAGCCUCUAUGUGUUGUUUGGUCAUGUAACUGUGUGCACACUACAAUUUAAAGUCCACAACUGUACUCAUAAUAAAGACAUGGAAUGUAACGAAGGUACCGUUUUGAACGGUAAUAUGGGAGGAUUUGAUGUUUUAAAAAUUUCACCACUCCAAACAAGAUAUUGUAAUUUUAUGUACAAUAUGAUGCUCA